AUGGAAGCUGCAGCAUUGGUGGAGUUCCGAAAUGUGGGCUGCAGUUACUUCCCUCAGAGCAGAGUGGACUGUCACUACACAAUAAGCUCAAAGCACAGCUGGGAUAGCAGUGACUGGGUUGGGCUUUUCAAGGUGGGAUGGUCAUCAGUGAAGGACUACCACACAUUUGUUUGGGCACUGGCACCUGCUGACUACGAAUCACAAACAGAGGUCAACUGUUGUGUUCAAUUUCAUGCAUCCUACCUUCCCAAGCCAAGUGGCCAAGAAUACGAAUUUGUCUACAUCAACGCUAAAGGGGAAGUUUGCUCCUGCAGCUCAAAAUUCACAUUCUCCGCCCCAAAACCCCUGGAGGAUUUAGUGACCCUUGAGGAGGAGCCACAUGGGGAGGAAGAGGGCACUGAUAUUCUGCUGGUCAUACCUCGAGCUGAAUUAUUGCAGAACCGACUGCAAGAAUGUUUGCGGGAGCGGGCUGAACUUCUGCAGAUGCAAGAGGCAGCAAAUGAGCAAAAGGAGAAGGAGAGGGAAGACUUCGACAGAGAGAGGGAUGCUUGGAGUGGACGUCACAGAAUGUUGGAAGGUUACAUCAGUAGCCUGAAUGAUGAGCUUCAGAGGAGCCAGGAAAAGAUGGUGGAGAUGGCGAGGAAGCAGAAGGAGGAAAUGGCUUUGGGGGAAUGUCUUGCACAAGAAAAAAGUGCUUUGUUGGAAGUUAGUGAGGCCAACAAAUUGCGAAUUCACCAACUGGAGGAGGAUAUCAAAACUCUGACACAGAAAGCUGUGGAACGAGAGAUAGAAUCGGAAAGGAUUAAGGAAAGAUCUCAAAGGACAGCGGCCAAGUGGAAAGAAGAGAAGAGUGACAAAAAGAUACUGCAGACCAAGCUGGAACAGACCGAGAGAGAUCUUCGAAGUCUGUCCAAAGAGUUUCAUGGCCUGAGGAAUUCCCUGGCCCAGAGAGACACCAGCGUGCUGCAACUCCAGAACACCAUCAGCACCCUCACCCAGAAACUCACCACAGCCCAGAAGAAAGAGGAGUUGAAUGAGAUAAUGCUGAAGGAGAUGAGGAGCCUCCAGGAGCGUCUGAAUGACAGCGAACGGGCCGUGGAGGGCCUUAAGAAUGACAUGAGCACAGUGGUCACCCAAAAUGACCGCGAACGGGCCGAACUGCAUCAGGCACGGCUUCAGGCCGCCCAGCUUACCUUGCAACUCGCAGAUUCCAGUCUGACCCUGAGAGAAGGCAGAGCACAAUGGGCUCAGGAGAAGCAGAACCUACUGUGUACCUUUGAGAAGGAGCACGAACAUCUGGAGAGCCUUACAGUCGAGAUGCAGACUUUGGAGGAAAAGCUCCAGGAGGAGAGGACGGAGAAAAAUAAGCUGGAGGUAGAACUUGGGAGGGAAAAGGAUUGCAACCGGGUGCUAGUGAGCGAAAUGUGCAGGGAGCUCCAAGAGAUGAAGACCGGCAUAAGGGUCGCCCAGAAAGAGAAGGAGUACCUGCUUUCUGAGAAAAAGGACUUGAUGGACUACAUCUGUCAGUUGGAGCAAAAGAUGGAAACAGCAGCCAGUGCCAAGUGGAGCGCUUCCCCCGCCGCUUCCACAGGACAUCCCGCUGACCCCUUGUCGGACGUGUCGGAGGACGACGACCCAGAAGCCCUGCAGUCACUCCGUUCGGACGGAGCCUCAGGAAACUACAGCCUGUCGCUCCUAACCACUCCCCCGCCCUCCCCGCGAGAGAUGGAGAGAAGCAUCGUGGUUAUCAGCCAGCCGGCUCCCCUCUCCUCACCGCGCCAGCGCAGACCCGCCUCGUUGGUACACAACUCUGAUUCGGAGGAAGAACCUAAUUCACUUAAAUGUGGAAGAAGGCACAGCUACACGGACAUUCCAAGAUGUGUACCAGGCCUUAGUCAAGGUGGGGUCGGGAGGGUUCUCCCCGGACUCCCUCCUCGCAGCUUCACCAGCUAUACCCCCCUCAGAGCCGACCUCAUCAUCCUCAUCUUCAUCCUCACGCCUCGCUGCUCCACUUGA